CACCCUGUAUCCAGAGAGUAUUCUGAACCCCACCAAUGACAGACCUGGACCAAACUUGGCACACAUAUCCAACAUGGCCAACUUUAAAUACAGACAGGGUUUGAGGAUGAUUGGUCUUGGAAUCUGGAAGUUGUAGUUCACCCGCAUCCAGAGAGUGCUGAACUCAGGCAAUGAUGGAUCUGGACCAAACUUAGCACAGAGACCCAACAUGGCCAGAUUUAAAUACUCGUGGGGUUUGCCGUGAUUGACCCAUGAUUUCUGGAAAUUGUAGUUUACCCACAUCCCUAUGCAUUUUCUAAUGGGAGUAUUCAUAAAAAGCAAAAGCAAAGACUAACUUUUUUCUAAUAAAUAGUGAUACAAAUUACCUAACUGAUAUUAUCUAGGGUUGUUGUAUGUCUUCCGGGUUGUAUGGCCAUGUUCUUCUGGAAAGCCAGAAAACAUACAACAACCCUGUGAUCCCGGCCAUGAAAGCCUUCGACAACACAUUGAUAUUAUCUAACAUUCAAAAACAAACAAUGCCUUUUUCAAAUAACCCGGGCAUUGCCAGGUACCCAAGAUUGUAUAUAAUAAAAUAGAAUGUUUGUAUUUAUGUUUGUAUGUGGGCAGUGAUAUAUUUUUCUGGCCAGCCUCCAACUUCUAGAGGCUACUGUGAUGACCACCAUUGAUGAAACCAGACCAAACUUGGGGCACAGAUUCCCCUUGGAUCACUUUACAUCUUGGUGAGGUUUGGGGGGAGGCUGGAUCAUGGAUGAUCGGAUUUUCAGUACCUUCACUCUCACCUAGAGACUAGUGCUAAGCCCAUUUCUAAUGGGCCCAUUCAUAACAUUUGAAAACAAACAAUAACCUUUUCAAAUAACCCGGACAUCGUCAGGUACCCAAGCUAAUUUUUUAUAAAACACAUAUGAGCAGCCCAAAACAAUACUGAUAACAAAUUGUGGUCUCUUCUAACUCUAUUAUUCUAUGAUUCAAUGAUUAACAUCCUUCAAAACAAAAGAAACACAUUGCUCAUGUGGUUUUCUGGCUGUUGUAAAUUACAUCACAGCUUGACUAAAAGAAAAUACAUACUGGUCCUCAAUAAGAAAUCCCUGACUAUUUGGUAGCCUGCCGUUGUUACCGAACAAGAAUUUAAAGGAUCCUGCGACUGGCAGGACCCGCGGAAAGCAAGGAAAAACCCUCGGGAGGGAACCCUCAGCUGAUGACAGCCAGAACUCCCCCCCAAAGGCUACUAGGAUCCGCAACACCUGGCUAGCCGCGAGAAGCAAUAAAAGAUUUUUCCUAUUCCCAAUAAAUAGCUCACCAAGUUGAAGAAAGAAAGCCACUGAGGUUUAUUUCGAUUCCAACUGGAAUGGACGACAAAUGCAGUAGUCUGCUUAGAAGACGCCAGGCAGAGAUACACCAAAAUGCAGUUUAUAUACACUUUCCCUGUUUGAAAUUCCCGCACCCGUCCCCAGGCUGGCUUUUAUUCUGAUUGGUUAGUGUUAUGAGGCCAGGGGAGCAACCGGGGGCUUGAGCAUCUUGACCAAUCAGUGCGCAAGCACUGCUUCGGCUGCUCAGCCAAUGGUGAGAGAGGAGGCGGUGCUUGGAUACAAUAGGUUUGUGAAUGAAUGAUUGGAUUAUGAGUUGGUCCGUCUCGUGCCAUUAUCUGUCAGGCAGUUUUGAGCGAUGGCUGUCAUAGACCUCAAGCUCUUGUCCUGGUUAUGGAAAUUAGCUGAAUAUGCAAGAGUCUAGCGAUACAGCGCCAGUCCUUUGUUUCAAUGUACAGCAUCCUGAGAGUCCUCAAUGGGAUCUGCCUGAUAGCUGAUCCAAUUUAGCUGGGAAGAGACAUGUCAUUGUGUGGAAAGACAGGAACAUCCCCCCUCCCUCCAUGGGGAGGAAAUGUCCUUUGUGAUAUGUGGUUUAACAUGUCCAAAGUGGCUCAUCUCCCCAGCUGGUCUUGGGGCGAUGAGUCAAUAAUCUAUUGUUCAUUUCUCUGAGGCUUGGAAGUUACUUGUCAAAGUGAUUAUAUGGGGGCCUCCAGAUCUUGGUGUGCUAGUCGAAAGUUCAUCCAGAGUUCACCUUUCUUCAUAAUUUUAUAUAACACACAAUAUACAAUUCAUAAGAAGAGGGAUUUUCGGGGUUGCAGGCAAAAGGGCGUCUGGAGACCCCGAACACAUAAGGAGAGAGAUGCAAGGGUGGUCUUGGGGUGCAUGCAUGGUGAGGGAAGGGAGUCCCUAACACAGGGGAUUCAUAAAAGACAUUUGGAGUCCAGCAAGGAAGCGAUCUGUCCGUGUCCAUUCAUAAAAAAGGAGGUCUCAUUCAUAAAAAGACAUGGUUCAUUCAUAAAAAGGGAAUCCAAUUCUUAAAAAUAGUAAAACAACUCCCCAAGAGUCAGGGUAGGAAGAAAGGCACAAAGGAAAGUCACUGGGGUCCGUAGGGCCAUUUAGGCGUUCCCCCAGGUGGCCCUUUCAUUGACAGGAGAGAAAAGCGCCAAAUUCAAAAAAAAUGUGGAACCGCAAAAGGUUCCCUUUGUUUCAAUGGGGGCUUCCGAUGGAGCCAAAAAGAGUGAAUUUGAAGGGGUUAGAAGUAAAAGUGGCAAAUUCCGAGAUAGCCAUUAAUUUUAGAAUUAGUCAGGGGUUAAAAUGGCUUUGGUCUGGUGAAGAUUGGUGAACUGCGGUUGCAGAGAUUCAAAGCAGGGAACCCAUAUCCAUGAUUAGAAACUGCAUUUUCCCACUCCGGGGAUGCUAGUUAAGUAUCCCCAAGGGGCCUGCAGUAGUCCGCAGCCCAGAAAGGAGUAAAUUCACAGCUCAGAGUCAGAAAAGAUACAAUGUUGCCAGAUAGAAUUAGGAAAAAGGAAGAUACAUUUUAUUAGGGCUUUUGUUACAAAGUGGCCAAGGGAGAUUAGAGGAGUCAGAGUUAGUGAUUUGUGCUUCUGCUGGGUUGUUGCUGGUAUCCCCUUUCCUGGAGGGCCGUACCCAGAAGAUGGUGCUGGAGGACUCCUGUUUGAACCUCUACCAUUGACCUGUGGGUUCCCUCAGAUUCCAUUUUGUCCCCCGUGCUGUUUAACAUUUACAUGAAACCGCUGGGAGAAGUCAUCUGGAGUUUUGGAGUUCAGUGUCACCUGUAUGCAAAUGACACCCAACUCUACUACUUCUUUCCACCAAAUGACAAGGAAACUCUCCUAAUCCUAAACCAGUGCCUGUCAUUAGUAAUGGACUGGAUGAGGAAAAACAAAUUGAAGCUUAAUCCAGACAAAACAGAGGUACUUCUGGUUAGUCAGAAAGUAGAUAAGGGUACAGGAAUUCAGCCAAUGCUGGAUAGGGUUACACUCCCCCUGAAGACAGGUCCACAGUUUGGGGGUCCUCCUGGAAUUGGCAUUGAACCUGGAGGCCCAGGUAUUGGCAGUGGCCAGGAAGGCCUUUGCACAAUUAAAACUUGUGCGCCAACUGUACCUAUUCCUUGAGAAGCCAGAUUUGGCCACGGUGGUACAUGCCUUAGUUAUUGCCUUAGGAUUGUUGUAACAUGUUCAACGUGGAGUUGCUUUUGAAGAGUGCUCAGCCACUUCAGCUGGCCCAAAGAGCUGCAGCUGUGUUGCUCACUGAGGUUGGCUACAGGGAGUGGGCAACCCCACUGUUGCAGAAGCUCUACUGGCUACCAGUCUGUUUUCAGAUACAAUUCAAAGUGCUGGUUAUGACUUUUAAAGCCCUAGAUGUGGCUGACCACAUCUCCUUGUCCAAACCUACCCGAGCCCUGAGAUUUUCAGGAGAGACUCUUCCUUUGGUCCCACUUCCAUCUCAAGCUAGGUUGGUGGGAAGAAGAGAGCGGGCCUUUCUUCUCGGUGGCUGCUCCACGACUCUGGAACUCUCUUAUUCUCAAGGAAGCCAGAACGGCCUCCUCCCUGCUGUCCCUUUGGAGUCAGGCAGAAACCUUUUUAUUCAGGAAGGCUUUUAAAGAAAAAGGGUUUUAAGAUCAUUUCAGGGAGUGCUGUGAUUUUUCACUUUGAAUUUGUUCUAAUGGUUUUUAACUGUGGAUUUUUAAGAUACUGUUUAGAUUUAAUCCGGUUUUAAUGUGUGCAUAUUUGUAUAUUUGAAAUGCUGGUGCUUUUAUGCUAAGCUGUUUUGAGUCCCUUUUGGGGUAGAUAAAGCGGGGUAUAAAUAAACAUCAUAAUAAUAACAAUAAUUAUAAUUAUAAUGUCAUGGUGUUUUGGUUUUUAGACCACAGCAGGUCAUUCCUGUGGAAGAGGGAGACCAGCUUUGACUGCUCAAGGUGAUAUACCCUCAAGCAGGCCUGUAGCCAGAAAAAAAAUUCAGGAGGGGUUGAAACUCCCCCCCCCCCCCCCAAUUACUUUUCAGGUCAGUGUCUCCUGAUCUGGCAUAAGAUCUUAACAAGGCCCUGAAAUUACCAUAAUUAUGCAAAGGUUCUCCAUGGGUAAUGGGUCCUAAGUCCUCUUAAAACAAGUUAUUGUCGGCUACCAAGGACAAUGGUUUCCAUAAUUGGCAGAAAUUUCUUUCUGUUUUCUUUCGCUUUCUUCUUAUUUCCUUUACAUGAUGAUGGGUUACAUCAAGACUUUUCCACUGUGAAUUAGCAAGAAGUUUUCAGCCAAGCACAAGUUGUUCUGAUGGUGCUCUCUUUUUGGUGUCUAUUGAAGGGCCCUUACACACUGCCCUUUACCCAGGAUCUCAACCCAGAUUACCCAUUUUAAACUGGAAUAUAUGAGUCUCCACUGCCAAAUAACCUGGGGUAAACAGACAAUCUGGGAUCAGACUUCUAUUGCAUUUCUGUAUUGCACCAAUUGUUUAGCUUGCAUCAAGUUUCUGAUUACCACCUUUACCCCCAACUUCUCCUCCAGACAUCACACUCUACUUACAGAGGGAACCUUGUACAUGAACGGCUAGCCAGGGAAAUCUGCUGACAAUUUGGGUUGAAAUCUUAGGCCCUUUCCACACAGCUCAAUAAAAAUCCCACAUUAUCUACUUUGAACUGGAAUAUAUUGCAGUGUGGAACCAGAUAGCCAAGCUCACAGAAGAUAUUGUGGGACCUUCUGCCUUGAUUUCUUCUUUACUUGUUCAGUCAUUUUCGACUCUUUGUGACCUCAUGGACCAGUCCACGCCAGAGCUCCCUGUCGGCCGUCGCUGCCCCCAGCUCCUUCAAGGUCGAGCCAGUCACUUCAAGGAUACCAUCCAUCCACCUUGCCCUUGGUCGGCCUCUCUUUCUCCUUCCAUUUUCCCCAGCAUCAUGAUUUUUUCCAAGCUUUCCUGUCUUCUCAUGAUGUGGUCAAAAUACUUCAGCUUUGCCUCUAGUAUCCUUCCCUCCAGUGAGCAGUCGGGCAUUAUUUCCUGGAGGUCUGCCUUGAUAUUCUGGGCUAUUUGAUUGUGUGGAAGGGCCGUUAGGUGCCUUUUCUUAUCACAAGAAAUACAUAUCCUGGCAAUGGAGUCUGUCGCUUCAGGUGUGAGAGAAUUGACUGUCUACAAAGACAUUACCCAGGGGACACCUGGAUGUGUUACCAUCCUGUGUGAGGCUUCUUUCAUGUAGCGGCAUGGGAAGCUGUGGCUGACAGACAGGAGCUCACUCUGUCUCACAGAUUCGAACUUCUGACCUUUAGGUCUUCAGGUCAGCAGUUUAGCCGGCACAGAGGUUUAACCCAUUGCAGUAUAUUCUCAAUUUGCUUCUGACACAAUAAAAAAACGGAGUCUGUGGAUUUUGUACUAAUUUUGCUUUCACUUCUUCAUCAGAAACAGUCUUGUUCACAUAAAGUCCAAUGACACAGCUUCUUCUCUUUGCUCCUGUUCCAUGGUUUCUUUGGCAGGGCUUCCACUAUGGGUCGUUUCCACUGUAUCAGCUAUUGCUGCUAUUGCAAUGUAAAUGGGUAUAAAGUUGGUAAUCAUGGUGUAAUAAUCAAAAUUUGGUUGAAAAUGAGAUAGUGUCUGUAGUUCACAUUUUUGCUUCUCAUAUACUUGGCAGGGGGAUUUGGUUAACCAAUUAAAAUUCAUGAGGUUUUUUUUUUAACCUGAAAAUCUUCAGGGGUGGUUUGAACCCUUAACCCACCCCUUUUGGUUAGGGGCUUGCCCUCAAGGGCAUUUCCUUGGCGUGCUUUUUCCUCUUCAGAAGGGCGCAACCUCCUUCGACUUGUGAGGGAAAGAAAGGAAGUGUGGCAGUGUGAGUUCCCGCCUUGGCUCCCAGCGGGGUGAGAAUGACAGACUCCCCCCUCCCUUUCCCCCCGCUUUGAACGCCUCAAGUGAGGCGAGGGGCGCGAGCGCUUGUCUCGUGGGAGAGAAUAUUGUGCGCGAGGGCGGAGGGAGGGAGGGAGGAGGCGCGCGGGAGAAAGGCAAUCCCAGUGUCUGUGAGGCAGCCUGAGGAGAAGCGGCGGCGAGAGAGAGAGAGAGGAGGGCAGGUGCGAGCCCGCCACCCCUUCCUUCACCUCAACGCGGGGCCGGGCCAUGGCGCCACCCCUAUGGGCUACUUGAAGGUGAAGAGCAGAGGCCAAGUUGUGGGAAGGAAGAAGCGGGCUUUGGCAUGAGGAGGGGCCACCAUGGAAGGGCUCCUGUCUCCCAUGAGGACCAAGAUGACAGAGGGCCGCCGGUGUCAAGUGCACCUCCUUGAUGACAGGAAGCUGGAACUCCUUGUGCAGCCAAAGCUUUUGGCCAAGGAGCUUCUUGACCUGGUGGCAUCACAUUUCAAUCUGAAAGAGAAGGAAUACUUUGGAAUUGCUUUCACAGAUGAGACGGGCCAUCUGAACUGGCUUCAGCUGGACCGGAGAGUGCUGGAACAUGACUUCCCCAAAAAAUCUGGACCAGUGGUUUUGUACUUUUGCGUCAGGUUCUACAUUGAAAGCAUAUCCUACCUAAAAGACAAUGCAACCAUUGAAUUGUUUUUCUUAAAUGCAAAGUCUUGUAUUUACAAGGAGCUCAUUGAAGUUGACAGCGAAGUUGUGUUUGAAUUGGCUGCAUACAUCUUGCAGGAAGCAAAAGGAGACUUUUCAAGCAAUGAAAUCGUAAGGACGGACUUAAAGAAGCUUCCAGCUCUUCCAACACAAGCACUUAAGGAGCAUCCAUCUCUUGCCUAUUGUGAGGACCGAGUUAUUGAGCAUUACAAGAAGCUGAAUGGACAGACCAGAGGCCAAGCCAUUGUCAAUUACAUGAGCAUUGUUGAAUCGCUUCCAACAUAUGGAGUCCACUAUUAUGCUGUUAAGGACAAGCAGGGAAUACCUUGGUGGCUAGGACUGAGCUACAAAGGGAUCUUUCAGUAUGACUACCAUGACAAAGUCAAACCAAGAAAGAUCUUCCAAUGGAGGCAGCUGGAAAAUCUGUACUUCAGGGAGAAGAAGUUUUCCGUGGAAGUCCAUGACCCACGCAGGGCAUCUGUGACCAGAAGGACAUUUGGACACAGUGGCAUUGCUGUGCACACGUGGUAUGCCUGUCCCGCCUUGAUAAAAUCCAUCUGGGCUAUGGCCAUUAGUCAACAUCAGUUCUACUUGGACAGAAAGCAAAGCAAGUCUAAAAUUCAUGCAGCAAGAAGCCUAAGUGAAAUUGCAAUUGACCUGACUGAAACUGGAACAUUGAAGACCUCCAAACUAGCCAACAUGGGAAGCAAAGGAAAGAUUAUCAGCGGCAGCAGUGGAAGCCUUUUGUCAUCAGGUUCCCAAGAGUCCGAUAGCUCUCAGUCUGCCAAAAAAGACAUGUUGGCUGCUUUGAAAUCCAGGCAAGAAGCUUUGGAGGAGACACUGCGCCAGCGCCUGGAGGAGCUGAAGAAACUGUGUCUCCGAGAAGCGGAACUUACAGGAAAGUUGCCAAGAGAAUACCCCCUCGACCCAGGGGAAGAGCCCCCAAUGGUGCGAAGAAGAAUAGGUACUUCCUUUAAACUGGAUGAACAGAAACUCCUGCCAAAAGGAGAGGAAGCCGAGCUGGAACGCUUGGAGAGGGAAUUUGCCAUUCAGUCGCAGAUCACUGAAGCUGCUCGACGCCUAGCCAGCGACCCCAAUGUCAGCAAGAAGCUGAAGAAACAAAGGAAAACCUCCUACCUUAAUGCACUGAAAAAGCUUCAGGAGAUUGAAAAUGCUAUCAAUGAGUAUCGUAUCAAAUCUGGAAAGAAGCCAACGCAAAGAGCUUCUCUGAUUAUAGAUGAUGGAAAUAUUGCCAGUGAAGAUAGUUCCCUCUCGGAUGCCCUUGUUUUGGAAGAUGAAGACUCUCAGGUUACCAGCACAAUAUCCCCUUUACAGUCCCCUCACAAAGGCCUCCCUCCACGCCCGCCCUUGCAUAAUAGGCCACCCCCUCCCCAGUCACUGGAGGGACUCAGACAGAUGCACUACCACAGGAAUGACUAUGACAAGUCCCCUAUCAAGCCGAAGAUGUGGAGUGAGUCAUCCUUAGAUGAACCUUACGAGAAGGUCAAGAAGCGCUCUUCACACAGCCAUUCCAGCAGCCACAAGCGGUUCCCCAGCACAGGGAGCUGUGCAGAAGGUGGAGGGAGCAACUCUCUGCAAAACAGCCCCAUUAGGAAUCUUCCCCAUUGGAACUCCCAAUCCAGCAUGCCGUCAACGCCAGACCUACGGGUACGCAGUCCACAUUAUGUGCAUUCCACUAGGUCAGUGGACAUCAGCCCUACCAGAUUGCAUAGUUUAGCACAGCACUUUAGACACAGAAGCUCCAGCUUAGAAUCCCAAGGAAAGCUCCUUGGGUCAGAAAACGAGACAGGGAGCCCCGAUUUCUACACCCCCAGGACUCGUAGCAGUAACGGCUCAGACCCCAUGGAUGACUGCUCCUCCUGCACCAGCCAUUCCAGCUCUGAGCACUACUAUCCCGCUCAGAUGAAUGCAAACUAUUCCACGCUGGCUGAGGAUUCCCCUUCCAAAGCUCGGGAGCGCCAGAGGCAGAGACACAAGUCGGCGGGGAAUCUUGUCUCCUCCAAUUCAGGUAGCAUGCCCAACCUGGCUGCCAGGAAUGGGACGGGCCACCAUGGAGUCUAUCUGCACAGCCAGAGCCAGCCUUCCUCCCAGUACAGGAUCAAAGAGUACCCACUGUACAUUGAAGGCAGUUCCACGCCUGUGGUGGUGCGCAGCCUGGAGAACGACCAGGAGGGACACUAUAGUGUGAAAGCACAAUUUAAAACAUCCAACUCGUACACGGCAGGGGGACUGUUCAAGGAGAACUGGCAUGGGGAUGAAGUAGACUCUGUAAGAUUGACUCCCUCCCGUUCUCAGAUCAUACGGACUCCGUCUCUGGGCAGAGAGGGUCACGAGAAGGGGUCAGGAAGGACAGUGGUGUCUGAUGAACUGAGGCUGUGGUACCAUCGGUCCACAGCCUCCCACAAAGACCAUAGCCGCUUGUCGCACACAAGCUCCACUUCGUCGGAUAGCAGCUCCCAGUACAGCACCUCCUCUCAAAGCACCUUUGUGGCUCACAGCAGGGUAACAAGGAUGCCUCAGAUGUGUAAAGCAACAUCAGCUGCCUUACCUCACAGCCAGAGGAGCUCCACCCCAUCGAGUGAGCUGGCAGCCACGCCACCAAGCAGCCCACAUCACAUCCUAGCCUGGCAGACUGGGAGCUACAAUGAGAGCUGUUAUCUGGAUUCUCCCAUCUAUCCAGAUCUAGCCGAUGUCCAAUGGUAUGGACAGGAGAAAGCCAAGCCUGGGACGCUAGUGUGAAUCCCCUUGACCUCAGCCGUUCAAACGCAUCAAUGCCAUUCUGAAAAUCACCUCACUGCCUCUCAUUUGCCUUACCCAGAUGCACUGGCGCCUGACACCAGCUUCAAGUCAAAGCACUUUUUGCUUAAGGCAAAUAAAGAAGCUAAUACCGAAACAACCACCUCUCUGUUAUAGGUCUCUACCCAGUCAAUAGUAGGGGGAAACCCUUCAGUCUUGGUUAACUGCAGACAACCAUGUGCCUCACACAGCUUAACCAAGAGCAGAGGGCAGUCAACUAGAUUGAAAGAAGACACCAAUGAGAGGAAACAGUAAAUACAAACCAUUUGUUGCAUUCUUCAUUCUGUAAAACAAUUGUAACAUAUCAUUGAACUCAAAAUACUGGUUAAAGAUGAUGCAACAGUUACCACGAAAUACCUAAUUUCCUUAUAUAAAAGAAUGGAGAGUUGGGGAAAGACCCAUUCCAGAAAUAGGUCAGAAUAUUGUGAUUUCUUCUGUGCUGCCAAAGAUUUGAGUAUCUGUUGAAAAACAUUUCUCAGAAAUUUCUCAGAAAUUAAAAAAAUAGUCCUAGUGUGUAAUUUUCAUCUCGACACUCUAAAACUGGCUACAGAUACAACCAAUGGCCCACUCCUGUUAGCAAAGUGGAAAGUCACAAAUUGUGCAACAUUCUUCUGUUGGCAACAGUGGAAGCAGAGUUGUACAUACAUCAGCAACAUACAUGCAGACUGACUCAUUCGUUGCCACAUGUGGCAUGUAGUUGUUCUGCCCCAGGGUUGUGUAGUACUGGACAAGAAUACCCGCAAGGAUGUAUUUGUAUUAUACACUGAGGAUCCUUCUACUCUGCCAUGUAAUCCAGAUCAUCAAAGCAGAAAAUCCACAUUAUCUGCUUUGAAUUUAUGAGUCUACACUGCCAUAUAAUCCAGUUGAAAGCAGAUAACCUGGAUUUUAUGUCACAGUGCAGAAGGAGCCUGAGGGGGCAUUGUAUGGCAGCCAAAUACAUCAGGAAAAACACUGGAUCAAUUAAGUUAGCAACCUAGGGAAUGAAAAAAUAUAAGGAAAAGAACUGUUAAUAUGGAAGCAAAACCACCAGUAUUUUUUCUUUUAAAGAAUAUCCAAUCAACUGAGAAGUAGAAUACCAAAAUUGUUAACAAAUAAAAACAGAAUAAAAAGGUCAAAUCAGGAGGAAGCACACCAUGGUCUGAGUGCAUUACUAUUAUAACAAAGAGCUGAUUGACUGGCCAGGGAAGUGUGCAGUGCUUUGGCAGUAUUGUGUAAUUUUCCACCAGCAAAUUAGGCCACAUUUCUCAAUUACUAAAAAUGAACCAUUAACCUGUUUAAACAUGUUUCAACUUGAUACAAAACAUGAUUGUCUGCCAAUACCAAAAGAGAGAGACCUGUAAGUUUACAUGUAACACUUGAGCAAUGCUUUUUUAUAUGUCCAGAAAGCCAUAACUGGUUUUGGUAGGAGACCAACCCUCACACUGCCACAAUGCCCUGCCCUCGAUGCUCCUGUUUGCCUCCAGACUAGAAAUUACAUUCCAGGGGUCCCUUCAAAUCUAGGCUAAUGCUGGAGCUGGCACAUCAAGAUCUUCACUGUGGUGCUAUGCUGUUUUUACGCCAUUGGGUAACUAAGUGUCUUGUGCAUUCCCCAAGUUGUGCAUUUGUAUCCAUGCAGCAAAAUAGAAACAUCAGUAACCUUUCUUUGAUUUGUACAGAAUCUCUCUGUGGGUUCCAUGGAAUAAGUUGCUGUUAAGACUAAAAAGAAAAACCCCUAAAAUCUAAAUACAGUAGAGUAUCACUUAUCCAACAUAAACGGGCUGGCAGAACGUUGGAUAAGCAAAUAUGCUGGAUAAUAAGGAGGGAUUAAGGAAAACCCUAUUAAACAUCAAAUUAGGUUAUGAUUUUACAAAUUAAGCAUCAAAACAUGUUAUACAACAAAUUUGACAGAAAAAGUAGUUCAAUACGCAGUAAUGCUAUGUAGUAAUUACUGUAUUUAAAUUUAGCACCAAAAUAUCAUGAUGUAUUGAAAACAUUGACUACAAAAAUGCGCUGGAUAAUCCAGAACGUUGGAUAAGUGAAUGUUGGAUAAGUGAGACUCUACUGUACUGCUGUUUUCUAAACACUGCUGUUCUUUUCAGAGAGGGGAGACAGAAGUGCUUCCACUAUUACUUUCAGCAAAGAAGGAACAAAAGCAGAUGGCCCUAUUAAUGCAAACAGCACAAAAACAUUUCACUGAAUAGUUAUUUUCAUUGCAUCUUUUACUGAGAAAACAUUAUACAAAGCCCUAAGCACUUGCACAGUGACUUUUUAAAAAUUGUAAAUCCAUUGAUGGACAGAUUUAAUGUCACAACUAUAAUUUGAUUUAGGGAAUGUGGGUACCUUCAAGCCAAAAUCCCGAUUAUACAAUAUGCUAGAAGCUGCACAGUGAGAGCAAGGGAAGGCAGACAAAAUUUGCUCGCUCCCAGCUGCAUUUCUCAGAUGCCUUAUACUUUGAACAUGGCUGCUACACCUGUAGCCUUUUCCCUUUAGCCCCCAUUUGCACUGGCAGCACUAGAUUGGCAUUGUGCCCCAACAAGAUUCCAGGGUGAUAUUUGCAAUGCUCGUUGUUUUUACACUCUCAUGUGUAUAUGCAGCACCCUCUGUUGGCAACAUCCAGCCGAUGGCACAAAGCAAGAUUACCAACCAGGCUACAGACUUACUUCAACAUGGUUCAACAGUCAUUUCUUCACUCCAGCAAACUAACUAUGACACUAUGUAACACAAUUUUUGUUCCUGGGUUAUAAAUGUCAUUUCCUAAUUGGUUUGAUCAUAAAAACAUGGAAAAGGUUGAUUAAACUGCAAAAAUUUUGCUUUGGUGAGACAUCCUGCAGCACAUUUUGCUACAGUUUUUUGAUGAAUAUCUCAACCAAUUCCACAUAGAUUAUGGCAGCCACAAAACAAAGUUUCUGGAGUAUAACAAUUACUUUCAAAGUAAGUACCACACAAUUCAACAGGAAUAACAUUUUCAAAUCAGGAACAGAAAAUUUUUCGAAUUUUGUUACAUAGUGUAAUUCACAGGGUAAUUCACAGCAGCUUUUCACCAACCUGCAUCUCCCAGUAUUGGGGAAACCAUGGCAAUUAAAACUAUCAUUUGAAAAUAUGAGUGUUCAUACAACAAAUAUCCUUUUUAGUAGUACCUUUUCAAGCCAAUUGCCAGCUCACGUUGUGAUCUCCUUUGACUUGGAUGCACCAAGUAUAUUUAAUUAUCACUCUACAGUUUCUUGAAAAGAAAACACAAUGAUAGAAACUAUGGAGCCCCAACUUAACUUGUUGCAUUUCGUUCGCCAGAUGUGAUCACACUUAACAGUAGCUGGGAUAGAGAAUCCUCUACAAUCUUUAGAUGCAGUGACACUAUCCAUCUGCUAUAUCUGAAUGAGAACUAAUAUUCUACUGUAUUUAGCAAAAGUGUUGGCAUCCCUCGAUUAAUAAUUCUGAGGUUCAAAUUUGCAAAAGUAAACAUAUGUUCAGCCUGUUUGAAACAUUAUUGGAAAGAAAAGUGAGAGUUUCAGUUGUAUGAGGGAGGGCGGGGUGAUUUUUAGAUGCUGGGUUGUUUUUUGUUUGUUUGUUUUUUCCCAAUCAUGGCACUUGUGAGCCAGUCUGGUAGUAAAGACAGAAAUUAACGUAAAACAGGUUUUACUGUUUAACUCAAUUCAGUUAUACAAAAAUGUACAUAAGAUGUUGAUCAGGAGAUUAACAUGUUUUGAGUAUAAAUUGAAGGGGUAAAGCAUAGCUAUUGUAUACAAGCACUUGACUACCCCAUUAAUAAGCCCCUUGAAUUUUGCUUUUAUAUACUUCAAAAAGGUCCCUGGCCCAAUAUUGCAUUUUGUCUGUAUGUACAAACCCUAUUCCUGUCAAGCUUUGUAUAUGCAUAUACACCAUAUGACAUGGUGGGCAGGGUUAUUUUUUAAAUGAUAUUAUAUGCAGUUGAGUGUUGGAAAUGUUGGGAAAGAAACAUAGAAGUCCCCUUUGAUUUUGUUUUUUUCCACCCAAUAUUAGUUUUAGUUCGGACAUAGCAAACUCCCAUUCAGGUGCUAUCAGAUGACCAGUUACUGCUUAGUUAACUAGAUGUAAAGUUUUACAUAUAUAUUAAUGUUAAUAGUUUUAUUACAAGUUGUGCAAAAUGGACUCUAGUUUAAAAUAAGGAAAAAACUUAGAACUCUUCUGAAACUGACUGUAGAGCAUGUAAAAUGAUUUUACUGAAACCUGUGCAACGGUAAUCAAGGGGAAGAAAAUUGUUAUGUUGUAGAAACGGUUACAGAAUUUUUUUUAAAUCUGCUUUUAAUUUAUUCUUUUUGUAUUAAGAAUUUGUAUAGUUACCUUACAUUUUACAAAAACGGUGUUGUCAACACUUCCUUAUUAAAGCAUUUUCAAGAUGAA